AACCGACAGAGCUGAAAUCAGGGCCAGCUGGGCUUGCUGCUGGGAGCAGAAAGUUCUGUUGUGACCCGCGGGUCACUCAGAGUCCGAUUCGGUCCAGAUGGUCCCCUCCGUUCUCUGAGCAGGAAACGAUGCAACUAGCCAGGGGGCGGGGCUAGAGGGCAAGUAUCCAAUGGGAAACCAGGACCAGAACCGGAACCAGACCAGAACCAGAACCUUGACCUAUACCUGGAACUUUUAUCCAAUCAGAUUGUUUGGCUCGUGGAUCCGGCUGAUCUGAUUGGCUGCCAGUGUUCCUGAGCUGCUCUGUGGCGACCCCUGCUGGAUCUGUAGAAUAACGUCUUGAUACAUAUCUUUGUUUUUUUAUUUUUCUGUCGGAUAAACUUCAGAUUCAGUUUCUCCGCUGAGAAACGUUCUGGAAAUGUGGAGCUGAAACCAGAGGAGGAAGAAUGAAUAUUAAUUACUAUUAAUUACUAAUCCAUCGGUUAAAAUGAUUGCGUCUGUUUAAGAUCAGCUGCUUACUGAUUGGUCCCCUCUGGCCCCGCCCACAUUUCAUGAACUCUGAGGCUCAGCUUCUCAAAAGUUAUUGAUUCUCUUAAAUAAUUCAGUUAUCUGAUGUGAGCUCAGCCUGGAGCGAGCCUCACUGAGCAUGCUCAGUAGCGUUGGCGUGGUCUGGUGGCUCUGAUUGGAAAUGGGGAAACUGGAUCAGUCCCAGUUUGUUCCUGGAGUUAGUGGGAAAGGUGUGACAUCACCUGCUGUUCUCAACUGGGCGGAGCCACAGUGAUGUCACAGCGGUCUGCAUCAAGGUGUGACGUCACUUCCCUCCAGGUGAUGAACCAGGAUGUCAGACGGGAAGCAGCGCAGUCUGUCCACUUCUGGAGAAUCUCUGUACCAGAUCCUCGGCCUGGAGAAAGGCUGCAGCCAUGACGACAUCAAGAAGUCCUACAGGAAGCUGGCGCUGCGGUUCCACCCGGAUAAGAACCCGGACAACCCGGAGGCGGCGGAGAAGUUCAAGGAGCUGAACAACGCUCACUCGGUGCUGGCCGACCUCAGCAAGAGGAACAUCUACGACUCGUACGGCUCCCUGGGGCUCUACGUGGCGCAGCAGUUUGGAGAGGACAACGUCAACACCUACUUCAUGCUGUCCACCUGGUGGGCCAAGGCUCUGUUCCUGCUGUGCGGCGUUCUGACCGGAUGUUACUGCGGCUGCUGCCUCUGCUGCUGCUGCAACUGUUGCUGUGGGAAACUCAAACCCACUGCUGCGGGCGAGGGGGCGGAGCCAGAGUACGUCUCCCCUGACGACCUGGAGGAGGAGAUUCGCAACAAUCCUGACAACGAUGUAGAGACACCGACCGUCCAGCAGCCCAGCAGCGCCAGCGAGAAGACGCAGCUGAUCGGUGACGGCCACCGCAGAUACGGAGACACCUACACCUGAGAGGGCAAGCAGACCCCAAGCCCCGCUGACUGGAACACCCAAAUGUUCUUCACCAAAGACACCAAAAUGUCUCUGAUGUUCCAAACAUAAAACCUGAUGAACAUUAAAACAUUUGAGACAUUUUCAACUUCAAAGCUUCAGUUUGGAUCUUUUAUGAAAUCACUUCAAUCCGUCUCCAUGUUGUUACUUUGUUAUGAGGCAGAUCAUCUCCUCCAUCAGCUGCUACUGCCAGCUGAGGAAAUGCACCAAAAACAACCAAUCAGAGCCAGGAGGCGGGGCCCAGUGCUAUAAAUCACCUCAUGUACCUGCUGCUAAAUGUGCUAAUGGUGGAGAAACAACUCACUGUUACAGCAAAACUGUUUAUCUGCCGUCAUCAGUUGCUAUGCUAGCUAGUCUAGCAUUCAUGACAAGCUGUGCUAGCAGCAUAGCAGAGAACAAGGAGGGGAAGCAGGCACAACUAAGAGUGAUUGACAGCAUCAAGCCCCGCCUCCAGGCUCUGAUUGGUUGUUUCCAGUUAGCACUCAGAUUAUCUCUCAUAAACUGUCACCACAUAGACAGUUUUAACAAAUAUGUAAAAACAAUAUUUGAUUCAUAAAAGUUACAAACUGCAGCUUUAAGAGAUUUGAGACAAUACAAAGACUGAAACAUCUCUCACCUUCCACCCCGCCGACCUUUAACCCUAAACCCUGAAGCAGCUGCAUCCGGGUCUGAACAGAACCCGCCUCCGUUGGGGAUGGUGACUUCCUGAAUCUAACCAAACUCCUGCUCUGAUUGGCUGUUUGAUGAUGAGUCAACCUGGAGGAGGAGCUUAAACUCUUUGUUGUGUUGAUAUGGAGACAGUGGUGGUCACGUGACCCGCUGGAAGCUCCGCCCCUCCGUUUGUAUGCUAAUAAAGGACUGAAGUGUGA